GGAUGAAUGAAACCUCCCAGGUCCCGGAACCGGUGGCUACCUGUUCGUGGUGAUUUCUGGUUGGGUGAACUGCAAGGCUUACUUCCUCCACGAUGGGAUCGAUAUUAAUUAUUAAUUCGCAGGCGGCCACCCACCGCCCUUCUUCUGCCAUGACUACCUCGUUGUAAACCUCAUCUGCUAUCUCAUCUCAUCUCAACCCUACAUACAUACAUACCCUACGUACACAACCUAUCAAUUGAAACGAGCUACACUUGCUACUCUAUACUAUACCUAAUCGGCACACGUAGUCGCAGCCCAAAGCAUAUAUAAACGCCCAUGGAUAAUAUCCUCGAAACUCGUGUCCCCAAGGGCGGCAGCGGAUUCAGACAUAAGGGCGGUAUCCAUAGCAGCGGCGGAGGAGGAGGUUCUUCUAUCGCGUGGUGGAUAUGGCUCAUCAUUGUCCUGAGCAUUCUAUGGUUAAUUGCCUACACCAUACUGUUCGUGUACUUCUACCGAAAAGAUUACAAAAGCAUACAUCCAAGCGAACGCCCGCGUUUUGGCCUACGUCUAUUUGGCCGCUUGGCCUGGAAGGCCUUCAGGUAUGCGACGGGAAUUCAGGUAUUCGUAUGGGUUUUCCGGAAGAUACGAAGUAAGACGGACAGUGAUACAAAGAAGGUAGGCGGCAGCUUCUAUAGGAAAAUCGACGACGAAGAAAAGGGGAUGAAAAGCGGAAACGAACAGUUGGUGAUGCCUCCCCCGGCUUAUUCCAACGCCGCUGUUCACUAGAGGGAAAUAUUAGACGGACUAACCUGAUGGGUUAGGUACCUGUAUAGCUAAUAAUCACGGGG